AUGAUUUUAGAAGUCUCGAUUGUCUUCGAUUGUGUCACAAAACCAUUCACAGAUAUUUACGCGUUUUUCUAUGUCCGUCUCCUUCUAAAUUUACGAUUUUCUCUAUUUUUUUAUCUGUUCACGUCAAUCUUUCACGGUCUGUUCAUAUCUAUCUAUCUAUCUAUCUAUCUAUCUAUCUAUCUAUCUAUCUAUCUAUCUAUCUAUCUAUCUUUGAUCAUUUCAUUUUCUAUCUAUCUAUCUAUCUAUCUAUCUAUCUAUCUAUCUAUUUAUCUAUCUAGAUCAUUUUUCAUAUCUAUCUAUUAUCUAUCUAUCUAUUAUCUUGAUCAUUUCACUAUUUAUCUGCUUAAAAAAGGGCUCACCAUUUUUAGCAUGUCUGUAUGUGUACAAAUAUCUAUCUAUUUCCCUCUCUGUUCAUACAUAUCUAUUUGGAAACUAUUCGUUGAGAAGCAACGUGGAUUCAUAAAAUGCCAAGUAGGAGUUGCAUUUCUUUGCAGACCCCCCCCACUCUGUAGUUUCCUGCACAUAUCACUAUUAUCUAUCUAUCUAUCUAUCUAUCUAUCUAUCUAUCUAUCUAUCUACCAGUUUGUUCAUUCUAUCUAUCUAUCUAUCUAUCUAUCUAUCUAUCUAUCUAUUUCAGUCGGUUUUAUGUCUGUUGAGCAAUCUAUUUGUCUCCGUCUGUUUGUAUAUAAUGCAAUCUGUUAA